CUUGGAUUGGCCAAAAUGGCGGCAGCACGAAGUGGGCGCCGAGGGAUUGCCGCCGUGACGCUGGACGCGACGGGGACGCUCUUUCGUCCGCGGGAGGCCAUUGGGACGACGUACCUCAAGCACGUUGUCGCCGUCUGUGGUCCGCCUCCAGCGCCCGCCUCCGGAUCGUACGAGGCCGAAAUCACCGCCGCGUUCAAGCACUCGUUCCGCGCCGAGCUUGCCGCGUCGCCCAACUUUGGCCGUGUCGAUUCGGCGGCGACCGCGCAGCCGUGGUGGGGACGCGUCAUCUUUGCGACGUUCCCGCCUGCGCUGCAGGCGCACGUCGGGUCUCGUAAGGACGAGCUCCUCGCGACGCUCUACUCGCACUAUGCGACGCGUGCUGCCUGGGAGGUCUUUGACGACGUGCAUCCAGCGCUGCGCUCGCUCCAGGAGCGUGGUGUGCCCAUGGGAGUCGUUUCCAACUUUGACGAGCGGCUCGAGUCCAUUCUCGAGACGCUCGACCUGCGCGGCUACUUUGAUUUUGUCUUGACGUCGUGGGAUCACGGCGUUGCCAAGCCGGAUGCCAGUAUCUUUCAUCGCGCAGCCGAGCUGCAUGGCAUCACCGAUGUCGACGGCCGCGGGAUGUUGCACAUCGGCGACGAUGCGACCAACGACCUCUUUGGCGCCCGAGCGGCGGGGUACUCGGGUGGCCUCGUCGACCGUAGCCGGCAAGUGACCUUGACGCAGCUGUUGCAGGAGCACUGAAUGGAAAUAAUAUUGAAAAAUGGUUUCGAAAGACUCUA